UAGACGUAACCUGAAAAUCCAAUCCAAAGAUUCUAAUGACAAGAACUAAAAGUGAACAGUGACUCCGGUGUUAUCCUUGCACAUUAUCCUCACGGCGCUGAAGCUGAAUUUCCGUUCUGGUGCUACACAUGAGCGCAGGGUGAUAUGAAUUCCACAGCAAUAAUCAUGCCAUUACGCGAUCAUCGACAGCAUGACAAAAUCACCAAAGGAAGAUUAUUCGGCGCUGGUGUACGGUCGAGAAUAGACAGUGUUUCGUCGUCGGUGCGUUGCUCUAGUAGUGAUGGUGAUAAUCGCUGAAUUUUGGGAACCGAAGGCAUUAGUUUUCGAUUUCGGAGUUCGGGGUGUUUUCAAUGUUUGAAGAAGAUAUUUCGUAAGACAACAGUGCGACAGAAAGCAAAUCGUCCAUGGAAGGCCUUGGGAGGAAGAUGAUUGUGUAUGGUGUGCUUCUGUUCAGUAUUAUUUGGUGCAUUAGUGAGUGCAACGAUAUCAUUAUUUCCAAUGGCAACAAAGAAACAUCGCUUCCGGAGAAGAACACCGUGAUGGCCGUUUUCAGCCCGAUGACGAAAUCGCCUGGUCCCUGCCGCUUCCUGUCGGGGACUCGUCGGCAAAACCAUCAGUGUCGCCGCGACACAGGUCUUCCGGAUGCCAUCAAGGAGGCACGCCGACUCGCCGUCACGCACUGCGAGGAGCAGUUUCGCUAUGACCGUUGGAACUGUUCGAUUGAAACGCGAGGAAAACGGAACAUAUUCAAGAAGGUCUACCGCGAAACGGCAUUCGUGCAUGCGCUAACUGCGGCCGCUAUCACUUACUCGGUGGCACGUGCUUGCGCCGAAGGAAAGAUGGCCAAGUGUCAGUGUGCGUCGGAAAAGCGCCCGGAAGCGACACGGUUGGCGUGGAAAUGGGGCGGUUGCAGUGAUAACAUCAAGCACGGAAAACGUGUCACGCGAAACUUUCUGGAACUUCAACCAGCCGAUGGCGACCCUGUGGCGGAAAUGCUGCGACAUGAUAGCGAGGUUGGCAUACAAGCCGUAACAUCUACUAUGAACGAUCGCUGCAAGUGCCAUGGCGUUUCGGGUUCGUGCUCGCUGAAAACGUGUUGGAGGAAGCUGGGGGAUUUCAACGCAACUGCCGCCAUGCUAAGAACCAAAUAUCAUCAUGCCAUUCGGAAGAUUCCGAUCAAUAAUAAGACGUCCAGGAGGGCGAUUCCGAAGGAGUUCCGGGAAAGGGAAGGUUCGUACGACCAGCUGUUCUACUUCGAGACAUCGCCCACGUUCUGCUCGGUGACACGAGGUAGACGAUGCCUGCAUCCGGACAAUUGUGCCACCCUGUGUUGCGGCCGAGGCUACACUACAAAAGUGGUCAAAACCAUCGAAAAGUGUCGCUGCCGGUUCACGAACGGCCGCUGCUGUCAAAUAGUAUGUGAUUACUGCGAGAAGUACGAGGAUAGAUAUUACUGUAAAUAAAACAUCGAAACUCACUUCAAGAAAAUAUUACAAACUUCACUUACUCCAUACUAAUUAUAAUGAAACUAUUUAUUACAACUACAUUGUAAGGCUCUAAGAACGACUUACGGUUAGAAGCGUAGACAACAUUUGAUGUGCUUUAAUUUUAGCUUGAACAAACAAAUUUACAUGACACAUUUUAACGUAUUACGUUGCAUUUAAUAUUAAUCUGAACCAGUCUUACAAGUUGUCAUCAAAGUUAAUCUCUUUGUCUCUUUGUUGGAUUUAUGCAAUAAAACAAGUACCUAGAUCUAGAAUACAUAGGAGCAACGUAGAAGUGCUAUAAUUCGAAUCAUACUUUUUCUAGCAUUAAGACGAAAUUCAUCACCAAAUUUCACAUACACGCUCGUUGAAUGUAAUGUAAACUAGUUGUCCCAUUCUUUGAAACCAAUAAAUUUUCAUGUCUGUAGAUA